AUGUCCACCACAAAGCAGGCAAAAUCUGCGUCCGCGACAGAGCAGGCAAAAUCUGCGCGCGCCUUAUAUCCACGCGCACCUUAUGUCAGCCACAAAGCAGGCAAAAUCUCUUAUGUCCACCACAAAGCAGGCAAAAUCCGCACCUUAUGUCCACCACAAAGCAGGCGAAAUCUGCGCGCACCUUAUGUCCACCACAAAGCAAUAACUGUUUUCCAUUUUCUGGAAAGAAGAACUUCUUUCGGCCAACGUGUUGGACACAAACUUCACCUCCUUCCUCCAACGGACACCAGCUGUGAGUUUGGCAAAAACAUUCAGUUGCUGGUUGAGGUGAUCGCCCUUCUGGCGACGCUUGUGUUUUCCUGCCCGAACUUGGACUGGAGCCCGAUCGACCACCUGGAGACGUUCGCCGGGCAGUGCGCCGUGACAAAGGCAGAAUGGCAGGCUGGACGCAAGGCGGUCCCUUUCGAGAUCUUGGUGGGGGGCGAUUGCAUGGACUUCUGCUCUCCGGCGGGCUUCGCCAACGCAGUGUACCAGACACUGCGAACCUCUCCUGGGGGAGGGGCGCUUCACGCGCCCGUUUGCAGCACUUGGGUGUUCAUGUCGAGGGGAUCGACUCUCAGGUCGCCCACAAGGCCACUUGGCCGCGGCGACAGCCAGAAAGUGGCCGACGGCAAUCUGCACGUGGCUCGCUGCGCGGUGCUUUGCAUUCUCGCUGCUGCCAAGGGCAUCUUCUGGCUUCUGGAGCAGCCGUCGACUUCGAUCAUGGAGACCCACCCAUCCUUCCAGAAGAUGCUCAAGAUUCUACACGUGCGGAAGCUCAUCUUCGACAUGAAGGACUUCGGAGCAAACACCCAGAAGCGGACCAUACUGUACAGCAGCCACGAAGAGGUGGACGACCUCCUGCUGCACAAGCAUCCUCGCAAGCGGUGCCACUCAAAGGAGAUGGUUAUCCGCUACACGGACUCCA